AACAAACAUUUCCUUGUCCUCUAGAGAGAGAGAGAGAGAGAGAGAGUGAGAAGAGCGAAAGAGAAAGAUGGCGAAGAGUUUAGCUCUAACAGCGAUCACGUUGCUGGUGUUAUGGCUGGCUAUGUCGGUUGGGACUUGGGCUGAGGAAAGUGAAUCAUGGACUGGAUGGCUUUCAAAGUCGCCCGGAUUCAGGCAUGACAAUGAAGUAAACCAAGCUAAUACUGCUUCUGGUCCAUCGGCGCAGGGGAGUUCUCAAAAUAUGGAUUUUUUGCUAGCGGUUCAACAAAAAUUACAGGUAGCUUUUCAGGCCAUUCAACAAGGAAAAAAAGAUGAAGGUCAAGAGAUGCUGAAAGUUAUUGUCACAAUUCUUAUGCGGGAAAAAUCUUUAACUAUAGAACAAAAAGAAGCUAAACUUACUGAGUUCGUGAAGAAUGCUGAGAAGUCACUCAAUCCAGAGACUCAAGUGAUUGCUGAACAAUUCCUUCUAGGAGCAAAAGUGGGACUAAAGAUUAAUCAACCACACCCAGGUGAUACUGCUUCCGGUCCAUCCGCUCAAGGAAGUUCUCAAAGUACGGAUGUUUUGCUAGCGGUCCAAAAAAAAUUAGAAGCAGCUUUUCAGGCCAUUCAGCAAGGACAACAAGCUCAAGGUCAAGAGAUGCUUGUAGAUGCUACCGUUGCUCUUAAACAGGAAAAAUCUUUAACUGUCGAACAAAAAUCAGCUAAACUUACCGAGUUCGUGAAGAAUGCAGAGAAGUCACUCAAUAAAGAGACUCAAGAGAUUGCUGAACAAUUCCUUCUCGGCGCACAAGUGGGAUUCAAGAUUAAUCAGCAACACCAAGCUAAUACUGCUUCUAGUCCAUCCGCUCAGGGGAGUUCUCAAAAUAAAGAUUUUUUGCUAGCAGUUCAACAAAAAUUACAAGUAGCUUUUCAGGCCAUUCAACAAGGAAAAAAAGAUGAAGGACAAGAGAUGCUUAAAGUUAUUGUCACAAUUCUUAUGCGGGAAAAAUCUUUAACUAUUGAACAAAAAGAAGCUAAACUUACCGAGUUCGUGAAGAAUGCUGAGAAGUCACUCAAUCCAGAGACUCAAGUGAUUGCUGAACAAUUCCUUCUAGGAGCAAAAGUGGGACUAAAGAUUAAUCAACCACACCCAGGUGAUACUGCUUCUGGUCCAUCCGCUCAGGGAAGUUCUCAAAGUACGGAUGUUUUGCUAGCGGUCCAACAAAAAUUAGAAGCAGCUUUUCAGGCCAUUCAGCAAGGACAACAAGCUCAAGGUCAAGAGAUGCUUGUAGAUGCUACCGUUGCUCUUAAACAGGAAAAAUCUUUAACUGUCGAACAAAAAUCAGCUAAACUUACUGAGUUCGUGAAGAAUGCAGGGAAGUCACUCAAUAAAGAGACUCAAGAGAUUGCUGAACAAUUCCUUCUCGGCGCACAAGUGGGAUUCAAGAUUAAUCAGCAACACCAAGCUAAUACUGCUUCUAGUCCAUCCGCUCAGGGGAGUUCUCAAAAUACGGAUUUUUUGCUAGCGGUUCAACAAAAAUUACAAGUAGCUUUUCAGGCCAUUCAACAAGGAAAAAAAGAUGAAGGACAAGAGAUGCUUAAAGUUAUUGUCACAAUUCUUAUGCGGGAAAAAUCUUUAACUAUCGAACAAAAAGAAGCUAAACUUACCGAGUUCGUGAAGAAUGCUGAGAAGUCACUCAAUCCAGAGACUCAAGUGAUUGCUGAACAAUUCCUUCUAGGAGCAAAAGUGGGACUAAAGAUUAAUCAGCCACACCCAGAUGAUACUACUUCUGAUCCACCCGCUCCGGGAAGUUCUCAAAGUACAGAUGUUUUGCUAGCGGUCCAACAAAAAUUAGAAGCAGCUUUUCAGGCCAUUCAGCAAGGACAACAAGCUCAAGGUCAAGAGAUGCUGGUAGAUGCUACCGUUGCUCUUAAACAGGAAAAAUCUUUAACUGUCGAACAAAAAGCAGCUAAACUUACUGAGUUUGUGAAGAAUGUAGAGAAGUCACUCAAUAAAGAGACUCAAGAGAUUGCUAAACAAUUCCUUCUCGGCGCACAAGUGGGAUUCAAGAUUAAUCAGCAACACCAAGCUAAUACUGCUUCUAGUCCAUCCACUCAGGGGAGUUCUCAAAAUACGAUUUUUUUGCUAGCGGUUCAACAAAAAUUACAUGUAGCUUUUCAGGCCAUUCAACAGGGAAAAAAAGAUGAAGGACAAGAGAUGCUUAAAGUUAUUGUCACAAUUCUUAUGCGGGAAAAAUCUUUAACUAUCGAACAAAAAGCAGCUAAACUUACCGAAUUCGUGAAGAAUGCUGAGGAGUCACUCAAUCCAGAGACUCAAGUGAUUGCUGAACAAUUCCUUCUAGGAGCAAAAGUGGGACUAAAGAUUAAUCAGCCACACCAAGAUGAUACUACUUCCGAUCCAUCCGCUCCGCGAAGUUCUCAAAGUACAGAUGUUUUGCUAGCGGCCCAACAAAAAUUAGAAGCAGCUUUUCAGGCCAUUCAGCAAGGACAACAAGCUAAAGGUCAAGAGAUGCUCGUAGAUGCUACCGUUGGUCUAAAACAGGAAAAAUCUUUAACCGUCGAACAAAAAGCAGCUAAACUUACAGAGUUCGUGAAGAAUGCAGAGAAGUCACUCAAUAAAGAAACUCAAGAAAUUGCUGAAAAAUUUCUUGAAGGCGCACAAGUGGGAUUCAAGAUUAAUCAGCAACACAAACCCUGAUACUGCCACCACAGCAAAAUCGGUCUUUUACAGCGCACAUUUUACGUGUGCCGUAAAAGACUGUCAUUUACGGCGCACAUCUCAUGUGUGCCGUCAGAAUGUCUUUAUUCGGGUCAUUCAUGGCGUGACAUGCUGUAAAUUAGUUAUCUAUUAAAGGCUUGCACAAUAUAUGUACCGUAAAUGAGUUAUUUAAAUAAUUUUUUACGACUUACUUUUCAAGCA